AUGCCGGCCGCGAGGCCAUUAUUGCGGUCGCAGGAGCCUCCGUGGGAGGCGCUCUCCCUCGUGGCCGGCUUCCUCGACGCCCGUUCCCUCGCCGCGGCGUCCUGCGUCUCCGCCUCCUGGCACGCCGCCUUCGCAGCCGACCACCUCUGGGCGCGCCUCUGCCGCUCCCACUACCCGUCCGCCACCAGCCUCCUCCCCUUACGACACGCCGACAGCAACGGCAAUGCCGCCGACCGACGCGCCUGCCCGCACCGCGGCCUCUACGCGCUCUUCCACGCCGCAUCCUCCCGCGGCCGCUCGCUCCCGGCGCCCCGCCUCGCCCUCGCCGACGUCGCCUUCUGCGUCGACCUCUUCGCGGCGAGCGGCGAGACCGCGCUCUCCUUCGCGGUCGCCGCGUCCGACGCCGGCGUCACGAAGGCCCCCGGCGGCGUGUUCCAGUUCGGCGUGGACGUCAGCGACCGGAACGCGGCCGCCGGGCCGGGGGAGCACUGGAGCGUGCGUUGGACGGCCGUGCGGACAGGGCUCGCGCCUGCGGCGGCGAUCGUGAUGAUGGACGCCAAGGUGCCGGCGUCCAGGGCGGGCGCGCUCCGGAGCGGCGAGAGGGGCGAGGCGUGGGCCACGGAGAGGAUGCCCGCGCCGGGAUGCGGCGGCGGGAGGCUGGAGGCGGAGGUCGUGGUCGGGGUGCGCGGGGAGGAGAGGCUGGUGGAGAUGGUGAGGCUCGGGGUGCUGCUUGACUGCCGGUACGUCAGCGUCGACGAGGGGCUCAGAUACUUGCAGCAUUUCCUCUUGUAAUGUACGGCAGGAAUACACUAGUGUACGUGUACUUUGAGCGACCGAGUACAGUUCUUCAGAUCUGCCAUGAUCAGUGAGGUGACCUGCAUCGUCUUGUGCUGCUUAUCUGGGCAGCACCGUGAGCUCAUGUAAAUCGUUCGAGUUAAUGGAAUUCCAAUCCUCCGGGGACAA